AGCUUGCGCCGACAGUAUUGAACGUGGAUUUCCUUUACUGGAAAAGAUUUCCUAGAAGUAAGCACGUGACAAAAAAACCAAAACGUGCAGUGGUUACGGAUAUAUAUUAGUGUGAUUAAGUCUGAGGAUGUUGUAAUCUUGUGUAAUCUAGGCAUUAAUGACAGGAACAAAUUAAAAAAUCACUUUAAUACGUGGUUUACGAAUUGACCUACGAUACAGUGAUCAUGGAGGGAUUAUACCACUCUAUGACGAAAAUGGUCCACAAGAUCACAGAUCCUGUGAGAAAAACAAACAAAAGCAAGUCUAUUCCAAACCUGCUACUGAUCCCGCCAGAUGGAAGUGAUGUUAACACUGUUCAGACACGAUCUAGAUCUUUUUCCAAUAUUCCCGAUGAAAGCAUGGAACAUGAAACUCAGAAAUGUGGUGAUAGGCCUAAUUGUUUGAUAAAAACUUCUUUGGAAGCAACAAAUAGAAUGCGCCGACAGGACUUAAAACUAAGAAGGCAGGAUUUAACCGACAAAUCUCUGUAUCAUAAUCAGAUAUAUGAAAAUGAUAUUUCUACACAGAAGGACAGGAGAAAGAAAAAGACACCUCCUAAAAGGCCCCCACCUCCAAAGUUUUCGUUUAGUCGAGAUCAUGAAAAUGUAUAUGCAAAUUUAUUCAGAUCCACUAGUGAUACUCAGAUCAUGGAUACCGUAUAUGCUAAUUUUGAACAAGAGAAAUUGGACACGAAAAAAUAUCGUAGUGAUGAAGACGUAUCUCUAUAUGUCAAUCAAUUUCAAGACGCACGAGAUACAAAUGUGGAAGAAAUGUAUAUUUUCAUGACUGAUGACGUCGAUUUUGAUGACAGUGAAUACGUAAUAAUGUCCCGGGAUCGAAGCAUGACGUCAUAGAAGAACGGGUGUGUGCAAAUUACUAUCAAUUUCAAAGUGAUACCUCAUUUAGUGAUUGUCCUUUCCAAGUUCGUUUUAGCAGUGUAGUUGAUGAAUUAUGCAAGACAGCAAUGGUCCUUCAUAAAGGACGUCGUUGGAGCUCUUUAGAUUUCAAUAUUACAAUAUGAUGCUUGUCCAUUUUACUGUCCGACAAUGCUUAGAAUAUAUUCUGAAACGAUAUAGGCUUAUCAGGUAAUUUCAUCCUACAAACAUCGUAUCAGAUAUUGAAGCAAACCCCCCCCCCCCCCAAAAAAAAAACAACCGCAGUCAGAGGAAGGUUUUGAGAUAGGAAGGUCGAUCAACUUGAUCGCGAGUGUGUUUAAUGAUGUCAUGCUAAUCUUUUAUAACAUUCACUAUACAUAUCAUAAGAAUCUCAUCGCACACUCAGAGAAUCUCAACGAAGAGUAUGACAUUAUUUGUAGCAGGAAAGGAGACCACUCAUGGCUGGAUGAGGGGAUUGAAACCGGGGCACCUGCAAAUACUAGUCAGGUGCUCUAACCAUUGGGAUAUUCAGGCCGCGAUAUCUACGGUUCAUAUAACCCAAACCACAUCAUUUUUAAACACUCGUCUUUCAGCGAUGUUUGUCUGUCUGUUCGGGAUUUUCUGUUUCUAUUUUCAUUUCUCUGUCAUAGAUGUUGCAGAAACUUACAGUUAGCUCUUUUGUGGGUCAUUCCAUACCAUUUCAAUCUCUCUUUCAAGAAUUUUGCCACUACAAUGUAUAUUUGAAUUUUAAUGUCAUAUGGAGGGUACAUGAUUUGUCAUGUAACUCCCCCCACAGGUUUUAACUGAGUGUUUGUGUGGGUAUUGAAUACAAGAAUGUGGCAUGGAUUUUAAUUUUAUUAAAAUUUUAACACAUUA